GACAUCUAGUCCUAAUGCAUCAGCUGUGUUUUCACAGGAUGAUUCAGUGCACGACUCAGGCUAUGCUCAGGCUCCUCGUAGCAGUGUCACUGUCAGCUUGCAUGAAUAGCUAGAUAGCAAUAUCGAGCUCUCUUCUAUUGUGCUGGUGUCUUGUGAAGGCUAUGGUCGCUGCUCUCGGAAAUGCCAUCGAAUGCGUAUACUACGAAGACUGCGCAAGGUUUGACGAGAACGCGUUCUGCAGCGACAAUAGCUGCGUUUGUGCCAACGGUACACACAGGGACAUAGACAGCGGCGUAGUGAAAUGUAAUUCAGGACGAGCCUUAAACGACACUUGCGAAUCUUCGGAUGAAUGCUCCGAAGUUGACCAUCUUUCGCGAUGCCUUGGUGGUUUCUGCCGCUGUAAACCGGGAACUCACGAGUCGCCAACUGCCAUUGGACUUCGUUGCUUUCCAGGCAGAAUAGCCAGACCACUGUGCGAUGCAGAAAGGCCGUGUGGUUCGCACUCCUUCGUGUGCACUCCGUGGGGUACCUGCGAGUGCAGACUCCCAGGUUACAAAGCGGAGCUUUUGUUUUCACGUUGGCGAUGUAUACAAGAUCCGUUCUUCUUCGAAGGUAGAACCACAGUGACAUUCCUGAAGGUGUCUCCCGUUCCACUCCUAGUUAUAUGUAUCAUGCUGGCCUAUUUUGGAUACCAACGGAAGGCCAAAUCUCCGCCUGCCCACAGAAGCAUGCGAGAGGCGAGCCGCUUGCACAACAGGCGUAUCGUGCCACUCUGGAGAGGGGUCACCUUCCGCAGCGCACCCACACGCAGCAGUGCCACGACCGCGCAUUCGCAGUCGCAGGGUCCGGUCUCCCCACCAGCGGCGAGGCCGACUACCAUGACUGCAGUUGCUCCUCCGCAUUCUGUGGAGGUCGUUCUGCCACAAGGUGACGUUUCGCCUCCUCCACCAUACCAAGCAGAGCCAGAUGAUGCCCCACCGAGCUAUGAUGAAGUAGUGCGGUCACUGCCAGCUCUACCUCCGGCCAGUCAUGUCAUCUCUGUACCAGACGAUAAAAGUUGCAACUCUGAUGCAAAGCAGUUCAAAGGGUAACUUUGUACAUUACACCAAGUGCGGUAAGUUGUGUAUGAAUUUCUCUGUCAUCAUCAGAACGUUGUUUGCAAGCACCAACGUGCGUUUUUGUCCCUUGGUCGCGAGGUACCAUAGCUGUAUUCCAGAAAUGUGUGCCAUGUGUUUCUUUGGGUGUGCCUAUUGCCACAGAUGUACAAAUUCAGUUAUUCAGCGUGCCAUACAAUACGCAGCAUCUACAUGUUCCGUAUUUCUCAGCUGUGUCCUCAGUCUCUUUGAUGCUGACAGUUCAUCUCGGCUGGUAAAGUCGGGCAGCCCAAAACAUUAUGCUGUGUAGACCAUGUGUAGUAGUCUCACGCUAAUAUGUGUCAUAAUGCAGUAUACUUUUUCCUUGUUUCUUUCUUUAUGCUGGAAUACCAGGGCCUGUAUCGAAUUACUAUGCUGCAUGUAUUCAUAUGGUAUGGAUCCUCUAGUUACUCUCAUGCUUCGAGAUCGCAUCUAGUUAGCACAACUCCUGUGAGGUUCAGCAUAAAUGGUCAGCACUGUAUUAGGGAACCUCAAAUGGGCAUGACGUUUAUGCCUAUCAAAUGUCAAAGAACUUAUCUUCUGACUCAAGUAACUUUGCUGGGUGGGUGCAUUUGUUUUAUUUGGUCGUUAAAUUCUCUCCAGCAAGAUUAGAGAAGCUGUAAAUGGGUGCAUACAGACGUCUUUCAUUGUCGCCCAAUUUAAUCAUUUCUUCAUGCUUUAAACCUUGUAUUACUCAUUUGCAAGCAUUCGCGAACUUCUGAAUACCAUGUUUACACUUAGGAUUUGCUAUGUCACAUACGGUAGUUUCCUCUAACACUACAAUCAACUGUAGAAAAGGCAUUUCAGUGUCAAUGUCAGGCUGCCUUGUGCUCUACAAACCAAAUUUAACGAUGUAUUCAUAUGAGCGACAUUCCCUACAGAAUAUUCCUGUGGGAGAAAGAAAAUGCUCACAGGGCAGAAAUUUUGCUGUGUGUCAUGUUGAGCAUUCGCACGGUGCCAGAAUAUCGGGAGUGGCAUACUUCGCAGACGACACGGUCUCAGUGUGUUCCUGUCGUUUGCUACGGAAUAUCAGGAUAUUCCCUGCGGUUAGCGGUGCACAAAAAGACAUGACGUGGCAGGAGAUAUCUAUGUCGCUUUUGCAUCUUCUGAGUAUUCUGGGGGAAUGUCGCCCAUGUGAAUACAGGGUUACUGACAUCUUCCUCUCGCAGUUCCUGAAUCGGGGAAUUUUUCUCGUUUUCCAACAUUCAAGUAUUUGUUGCAUAGAAGUCUUCCUCAUCACUGUAGUCAUGCUGAGCAAUGCGGGACAUACAGUAUGUAUCGUGUGGCUCUGCUAAGGUUGACGUCUGUACAACCAUAUUUUCGAAUACCACUGUGGAGAGUUUUUGAGUAGAUGCAAACUGGAAGGAAGCCAGGAAACUUGUCCCUUGUAGGAUAAGUUAUGUCACAUUGCUUUUCCUGCUCCAAGAUGUCUCAUAUUUUUGCAGAAAAUCUGGGAAUAAUAUUCUAUUCUGGGAAUAUUCUGUGACUUCUUUUCCAAAGUGAAGUCAAGCUUCUUUGUUGGAAGUAUGUUGCUCUGUAGCAAAUACUGUUACGCUAUUGUGAUUCCACUCCAUACUGUCAUCUCUAGUAUCCUGAAAUGUAGCAUGUUUUACAUUAUUCCAGAGGAACAUUAUGAUCUUGUGUCGAACUAUUAUAAAAUGUCCAUAUGCCUUGCAUUUAGCGCAUGUAGUUAGUAUCCAAAAGGAUGCUCAUUGCAUCUGCAGACUCACUACGAAACACCUACUGUUCUCAGAUGGAAAAUCAUGUUGAAUGUGAGCCAAAUCAGAAGUGCUCCCGAUUGAAAUUGGUGAAACAGUUCCGAAACUUACUGACCAAGAUAGAUAGUGUGUGCUAUCUGUACAUAUAACAUCAUUAAUUGCAAUUUAAAUACAAAGAAUUGAGCUAAACUGAUGGUGAUUUGGUCUGAUUCUCUGUCCCCAGGUAUGCAUUUUAGUCCAACGUGACACCUCUCUUCAAAGAUUUGCGUUGGCGCUGAAUUUCAAGUGGACCUUUUCAUGAAGGUUCUUAACAAAUGCAGAUAUAUUGCAGAUGUAAAACAGGAGAGCAGACAAAUGUUGGAGCAGAUGAGGCUUCUCCCCUCUUUAUAUGUCUUAUUAACUGCUAUGCUUUCAGCCUUCCUGCUUAAGUACACAAGUAUAAAACAGUGAAGCGUAAUGGUGGUAUUUACUACUAGUAAUGGAACCGACUAACAGGUUUGUUAGGUUUUCACCACCUGCAUACGCUAUUAGCGUCUCCAAAAAUGCGACUUACAUUUUUUACUGCAAAUGCUGCCUUUUUGACACACUUAUAGCUUGUUAAGAGGAACAAAUCCACACCUCUGCCCACUUUUACUUACUUCUAUUAUACCUGUUACAAUCCAGCUUCAAAUGCUUUGUGCACACAGAAGUAGACUAGAAAUUUUCUAAUCUUGUACAAUGUUUACGGUAGCACACAUUCUAGAUACCUGAUUGCUUUCCCACUCUGUUUUGUUUAAAAUUUUAUGUGUUAGCUUUAGGAGCAGUAAAGUGCUUGUUGUAAAAACUGCACUACUAUAAAACUUUUACUUACACCAAGCUCUACGUCAUAGUCACUGGGUUUCGCAUCCUGAAACACUGGCAAGUGAGUUACAUACCGAGGAAAUGGUAUGUAAUAUACGCAUGUAGACAUUGUUUCCAGAAUUUGACCCGGUUACUGCGAUUCAGUAGCAUUUCCAUUCCAAUUUCCAAUAGCACACCCAUGUUCCAUUUCAUUUUUUACCCAUGCUGUCCAAGUUUUUCUACUCUUAGCUGCCCUCAAGUAUUUGUCAAUAUGUGCUUGUGCAAUCCAACCUAUGCCUCGGCACACGCAGGACUUCUUAACAAUUUAUACAGUAGAACCUCUUUCUAGUAACUCCUCUUGUAAUAAAACUCUGCUUAUAGUAAACGAGAACCUCGGUCCCGAUAGAAUCCCAUACAUUCAAUGGCACACCUGAUCUAGUAAAAUUUCAUCAUGGUCCCAGAGAGUUUACUACAAAGGGGUUCUACUGUACUAAAGUCGAAGGACCCAAAGCAAGGAAUCUUUUUGGCAUGGAAGCUUUCUUAUGGCACAGUGUAUCGUUCUUAUAGAAUCGUGAGCAUGGAAUCGUGGAAUGGAAUGGAAGCUUUCUUAUAGAGGCACAGUGUAUCGUUCAUUCGCUGGUGGCGUGAGGUUUGUACAGGUAGCUAAAAUGAUUAAGUGAUCACUUACACAGCACUAUGCCUUUUUAAUGAGAGCCGGUAUGCAGAAACAGUGUAGGUAAUGAAAUGGUGCAUGCGAACUUGGGACACCCGUCAUUAGAAUAUCUUGAGCGGGAAGCCAGAUACAGUGAACCCUCGUUAUUAUGACCAUGGUCGUUCCCGAAAAUUAUGGUCAUAACGCGGAAUUGUCAUAUUAACGGGAGGGAUUUGCAGAGGUUUCACUGCAUUGUUCCCCAGGAGUAUGGUCGUAAAGCGCGUAUGUCAGAUUAUCGGGGGGUCAUAUUAACGAGGGUUCACUGUAAAAUGUAGAGAGCCUUGCCACUCUCUUCUGUACGUCUUAACUUCCGGUAGGCUCGGGGCUUUUCGUCGACCCAUUAACGAGUAAUCAGACGUAAAGUGGAAACUAAUACCCCAAAGUGGAACUAGGCCCCGUUGUGUUGGAUCCCAGUUGUUCCCACACCAGUGUUGGAUCAUGUUGUAGGGCUCUCAAUGUACCACCCAAGUCUACUGUUUUUACGACGCCACAUUUCCUAUUACUGUUAAGAGCAGGGAUUUGUUUAAUGUGGUUUGAUAACCUUGCCUCGCUUGCCAUCUGGUGUAGGCGUUUGGUGUGCUGAGUACAGUAUAACAAGUUGUGCGUGUCUUUGGGUACUGACAUACUGCUCCAUACGUAACAGUGAUGUUCUGAUUCGAGGUAACUAUGUUUUGUGACCAAUCGUUUGUGGCUCUCUGAAUAUUUACACUGGUUAGUCUACAUCUGUAUCUUAUUGUGUGUUUUCUUGGUCCCAUUCUUAAUUCCAAGGGGCUCAAGGUUUCGUCUGCUGGUUCUUUUUGUGUGCAGUUUGUUGCGGUAGGAGCUGAGCAGCAUGAAACUAUAACCAGCCAACACUUUUUUUUUUACGUUGUCAGAUUUUUCUUCAAGUCGCGAACAUUGCUGAACAGCUCACCUAUCAGUUGUUUAAUAUAGCAGUAUAAAAUAGUCAUCUAAUAUAUAUUUAAUCAUACUAUAACUUAAUGCAACUAUACAGGGUGCUUUUUUGGUCCGCAACAGACUUUCAAAAGCUACAAGAGCGGUUCGGAUGUCACUUUUGCAGUUGAGUUAUACGGCUAGGCAGACAUCCUCUAAAAGAGAAUAACUACUAGGUGACUAAUUGCCUAAAAUUCAUAAAUUUCCUGUACAAUUACAGCUUUUGGGCAGAAGUGAGAUAGCAAAAUGAGAGGCAGUCCUCAUUGAAAGCUAUUCUAUUCUUUUUUUUUAAUCCUGGAGGGAGAACGUAAGUUCAAAUAUCUAUCACCAGAUUUUGCUAUGCAAAUGAGCCAAACCCGCUCUGAUCCUCACCUUCUCCUUCAGGGGCUUAUCUGUGCCCUAAAGCGAUCUGCUGAUCGGGCUAGCAGAUCAGAACCUACUCUAAUCAUCUCCUUCGCUCCAGAGCGUGGAAGGAGGAACGCCCCCCCCCCCCCCCCCCCCCCAAUUGGGCAAUGAAUAUUUCAACUUUUUUUUUGCAAAGCUUAGUAGGGCAAAGCAUGGUAGAAUGGCUUUUAAUGAGGAUUGUCUCCCACUCUGUUUCCUACCUCAAUUUUGCCUGAAAAGUCCCUAGUUCGACAGCUAAUUAAUAUUAGGUAAUUAGCCAUCUAGCCAUCAUAGUAGCUUUCCUUUUUACAAAAAAUCUGUUUCCGAUUAAAAACAUCCUGUCUAAUAACAUAACAGGAUAUAGCACGAGCAAUCUGUGCGCACAACCUGUUAUAUUAUUUCUUUAUGUCCUUUUUGCCCACUGUGUAUUGCAUGGUACUUGUAUUGGCACUAUGAACUAUGAUGUGAGUUCUUGUACUGCGCUCAUCAGUAGCCAAAUACAAUGUGGUGACGACAGGACUUGACGUGUGCUAAUCAACUUUUGUGCAGAAUUUCACUUGUGCAUUCUCUGCUGCCAGGCGUGCACUUGCAUACCAUUAUCUGCUGUAAUAAAACAUAAGCUCAAAUUUUUAA